GGCCGGAGCUCCGGGCCGGGAUCACCAGGGAGGCGGAGCGGGCUGCGACGGGCCCCGGCGCGUCGCGGAAGCGGCGGGCGUAAAGCAGGCACCAUGACCCCCACGGGGACCCAGCAUUCGUUGGCCGGUCAGACCUACGCAGUGCCCCUCAUUCAGCCAGACCUGCGGCGAGAGGAGGCCAUCCAGCAGGUGGCGGAUGCCCUGCAGUACCUACAGAAGGUCUCCGGAGACAUCUUCAGCAGGAUCUCCCAGCGAGUAGAGCUCAGCCGGAGUCAGCUGCAGGCCAUCGGGGAGAGGGUAUCCUUGGCCCAGGCCAAGAUCGAGAAGAUCAAGGGCAGCAAGAAAGCCAUCAAGGUGUUCUCCAGCGCCAAGUACCCUGCCCCCGAGCGUCUGCGGGAGUACGGCUCCAUCUUCACCGGGGCCCAGGACCCCGGCCUGCAGAGGCGCCCCCGCCACAGGAUCCAGAGCAAGCACCGCCCCCUGGACGAGCGCGCCCUGCAGGAGAAGCUGAAAUUCUUCCCCGUGUGUGUGAACACCAAGCCGGAGCCUGAGGACGAGGCUGAGGAGGGGCUGGGCGGGCUCCCCAGCAACAUCAGUUCCGUUAGCUCCCUGCUGCUCUUCAACACCACUGAGAACCUGUACAAGAAGUAUGUCUUCCUGGACCCUCUGGCUGGUGCCGUCACAAAGACCCACGUGAUGCUGGGGGCCGAGACGGAGGAGAAGCUGUUUGAUGCCCCUUUGUCCAUCAGCAGGAGGGAGCAGCUGGAACAACAGGUCCCGGAGAACUACUUCUACGUGCCUGACCUGGGCCAGGUGCCAGACAUCGACGUGCCAUCCUACUUGCCUGACCUGCCCGGCGUGGCCGACGACCUUAUGUACAGCGCGGACCUGGGCCCAGGCAUUGCCCCCUCUGCGCCCGGCGCCAUUCCUGAGCUGCCCGCCUUCCACACGGAGGUGGCCCAGCCUUUCAAGCCAGACCUCGAGGAUGGGGUGCUGACGGCACACCCACCGCCCCCGCCACCCCCACCGCCUCCCCCAGCUCCGGCCGUGCUGGUCAGCGCCCCCCCACCUCCGCCCCCACCCAUGGCCCCGCCAGGACAGCCCGCCAGUGGGGACAACAGUGGGGGCGCGUCCCCUUCAGCCCCAGUCCAAGGAGCGCCCAAGGAAGUGGUUGACCCCUCCAGCGGCCGGGCCACUCUGCUGGAGUCCAUCCGCCAGGCCGGGGGCAUCGGCAAGGCCAAGCUCCGCAGUGUCAAGGAGCGCAAGCUGGAGAAAAAGAAGCAGAAAGAGCAGGAGCAAGUGAGAGCCACCAGCCAGGGCGGGGACCUGAUGUCAGACCUUUUCAACAAGCUGGCCAUGAGGCGCAAAGGUAUCUCCGGGAAAGGACCUGGGUCUGGGGCCAGCGAGGGGCCAGGGGGAGCCUUCGCCCGGAUGUCAGACUCCAUCCCGCCCCUGCCUCCCCCACAACAGCCCCCGGGCGAAGAGGACGAGGAUGACUGGGAGUCCUAGGGCUCAGCUCAUCGCCCCCCAAGUCCCUGACUGCACCACGCCCCCAUGCAAAACAGCCAGACAGGCUCCUUGGGGGGACAGGGUCAUGGAGGACUCUCCAGCUCUCUUGCCAGGAUCUUCAAGGAGCAAGGAGGCUGCUUUCGGAGGCCAAAUUGCAGGGGAGGCGUGGGGGUGGGGCUGCCCUCUGCCUGUGCUCCUCUUCCUUAGACUGCAGUAAAACAGUACAUGAAUCAAUAAAGAAGUGAUGCAAGCCUAAA